CUUGACUGUUUUGACAGUUGGCAUAACGAACCAGUCGAACAUUUACCGAAAGCGUGAAAAGUGUUAAAAUCUUUGUUAAAGUCAAGUGUGAAUAGUUUCGACUCUAACUUAAAGCUAAGUGUGUGAACUGUUCUGAAAAAUGCAUUAAAAAGUUGCCACGAUAGAAAAUGCCAUGCCAAAUGCCAAAUACUUAGAAACAAGCGCAAGCCCAUUUGCCAAGCCACCCCCACAAUAUCCACAAGUGUCCAAAACUAAACGCGUACCAACUGACCCACCACCCAAACCCUACCGUUCUCCGCCAUGUUAGGCAGCAGGAGCCCCCCAGCGUACAAGCCACUGACAACCGGAACGGGGGGCUCCGCCAGCGCUUCCUCUCUCAGUUCCAGUUCCAAGUUGGCGACCAGCAGCUCCCAAGGCGGCCAUCCCUACCAGCAGGCCUACGUGGGCCAUUCCCACGCCUGUUACCACCAUCAGCAGCAGCAGCAGUCGCAUCCUCAUCAUAGUCAUCAUCAUUCCCACGGUCACGGACAAGGGAGCCGCACCUCUCUGACGCCCACCAUGAAGCGCGGCAAAAAGAACUGGGGCAGUCGGGAGAGAUCUAGCAUGAGUUUCCUGAUUGUAAUUCUCUUCUUUGCUGUCUUUGGCCUCAUCAUACUGACCGAGGUUUUUAUGAUCGACGAACGCUCCCACAGCGGCUUGAUGGCCAUGAGGGCAGGCGGCGGCGGCGGUGCCAGCCUGGGCGGCCGCCUGGGCGACGCGAUGCCGGAUUAUGAUAAUGUUAAGGAUGACUACGAACUGGAUGACAGCAUUCUGAGUGAUAAUAAAUUAGGUUUUAUACAGUUUCGUGACAAUAAACUUAAAAUUCAAGAUGCCGCAGGCGCCGACGGCCAACAUCCACGCUAUGCGGGCAUGCUGCUCAAUGGCGCUGCUGGAGCCGGAACUGGUGCUGGGGCUUUUGGCGUGGGUGUCGCUGGCGCUGGCAACGGCCUGAACAUGCCGUUGAUACCCUGGGGCCAGCUGCUACCCGACAAGGUGGAGGAAACGUUGCCACAUUUUCCAUUUGGCACAGCGCCCAGCGACGGCGCCUGGCAGGUUGUCAAUGGGACCCGCUUCAAGUUCUUUGUCUACUCCGCCUACUUUGAUCGCCGCGACGGGGCACGCCUUGUACGCGUUAUUGGCGCAACCAAAACACGUGGACCAGAGCGCGUCUGGUGCAGGUUCUGGUAUGGUCCCACGACUCACAAUAGCAGCGAGGCGUCGACCUCGGUAGCACGUGCCAAAUACACCUCAGCGACAGUAAUGGCCCGUGUGAAGAUCAUUCGCGAAAACUGGAAUCUAAAGUACAGCGCAUGUUUUGUUUUGUGUCCGGUGCGUGCCCCACCGUUGGAUGUGCCGCAAUAUGUCAGCGUUGUCUCCAGAUUGCGGGCGCCGCCCGGCAAUUUGAUAACGUUGCGAAACACGGAUCAGGAUGCGGACUUUGCACCGCCACCGAGCAAUAGUAGCGCCAAUGGCAAUGGCAACGGCAACGGUAAUGGCAAUGAAAAUGGGAAUGGCGGUACUCGUCCAGCUCCGCCGCAUGCACCACCCAGCGGCGAGGGAAUACCUGACCGGAUGGCGGUUUGUGUGAAACCGUUUCACUUUAGCUACGAUCAGGCGCUGUAUCUGAUGGAGUAUCUGGAGUUCUAUGCGUUGUUGGGCGUCUCGCACUUCACCUUCUACAAUCAUACGCUGGGCCCGCACGCCUCCUGUGUGCUCCGGAGCUACCAGCAGGGCCAGGUGCCGGGCAACCUGACAGCCUUUGACUGGGAGCCGCUGCAGCCGGCGGAGGCGGCCACCAAUGCUACGCCGCGUAUCCUCAAAUCGCUGCACUACCAGCGGCCCACGGUAAGCAUACUGCCGUGGAAUCUUCGCAUGCGCUCCCAGAAGGAAAUACGCACUGAGGGACUCUUUGCGGCGCUCAACGAUUGCCUCUAUCGGACCAUGUAUCGGUACAAGUAUCUGGCGCUGGUCGAUCUGGAUGAGUUCAUAGUGCCGCGCUACACGGACACGCUUAACGACCUGUUGAGUUCCCUCAAUCAGCGGUUCCGCAAUCGCAACACUGGCGCGUACUCCUUCCAGAAUGCUUUCUACUAUCUCCAGUUCGCAGACGAUCCCCUGGCCAGCUCGGGCAUAUCGGGUGGCAGCGAUCAGCUGGGCAGUGUGCGCGCCUCCCUGGUAACACAGCGCAAGACGCGCAGACGCUACAAGUUGCAUCCACAGAAGCAGCGCUCCAAAUAUAUUUGUAAGCCUGAGGCGGUGGUUGAGGCGGGCAAUCACUUUGUCUGGGAGUUUUCGCCGGGCAUGGGAUCGCUCAAUGUGCCGCCAAAGGAGGCUAUACUGCAGCAUUAUAGGGUUUGUGAGUUUGGCGGCAACGAUUGCAUCAAGGCGCCCUCCAUUUUGGAUCGCACCACCACCAAGUACGUGAAUCGCCUUGUGCAGCGCGUGGACGCAGUUUAUCGGCACCUGCGCCAGCGUUGCGAUCUGCCCGCGCUGCCGACACUGCCCAGACGCUCGAAUGCCCAAACGGAGCAGCAGCACAACGAGAAGCCAAAGUUGCUGCAGCAAAUGCGUGAAUUGAAUGAACUGAAGACGAAGGAGCAGGUCAAGGCACAGACGAGUGCCACAACGAAGCAACAGCAGCCAAAGACAGCGACAACGAGGCGUCCGCCAAAUGGUCACAGCCAGGCACGGAAGCCGCUGGGUGCAAGCACCACGGCGGAGACGGUGGCAAGGACGACAACGCCGGCAGCAAAGCAAAUGCAGCCUCCGGCGAAUGUGCGCAAGAAACGCAAAAUGAUCGUCUUCGAUCUGGAUGAGAUGGGCGCGCCGAUAGCGCGCGUCGAAUACCACUGAGGAGUGGAUGGAAUUGGCCAACUGGGUGGAUUAUUAGCAGCGAAUAAAGCAGAGCUUGUAUAUUUUGAAUAGGUUUUAGUGUUUCGGUUGUGCAUCCGUGCGGUUGUUUCCAUACAUUUUGCUCAAUUCCAGAUCAGGGCGAGCAUCUCUCUGGCGUAUUACCAUUUACAAAGUUCAUCGAAUGAAUACAACGCUCAUUAUUCUUGAAUUUCCCGAGAUAUUUCAUCUAAUUUAUAAGCAUAAAUUUACGAACUACGAAACAUUGGUCUGUUGUUUUGGUCAGCCUACAAAUCUCAAUAUUCCUAUGCAAAAUUUGAAAAAUUCCUAAUAUUGAAGUCAAACUGUUAGCCUAAGUUUAGUGUAAGCGUCCAAAAAGUUAAAAUACAAUCCCCAAGUACUGUUAGUUGUA